CUUCACAACAAAAAAUUUGCCGGGAACUUGACUGUGCCAAAGCUACUGUCGAAGCUGAGAAAGAAGUUAUCGGGGGAAAUAUAUUUUUCCUGAUUAUUUAGCCGCCGUGUCUCGGGUUUUAUCGGACCAGACAAAAUGGACGAAUACGAUGAACUGUUCGAGGUACACGACGACUUCGAGGAGCAGUUUGCCGACGAGCUGGAGGUGCUGGCUGAGAUGGAGGAGGAAACUUGCCAGCCGGGGAAACGCCCCAUUCAGGGUCCAGGAGACGACAUCUCGGAUAUAGAGCACCUGCUGGACAAUCAGCCCAUCACUCCAAAGGCAAAGCGACAAAAGCAGGACGUCGGCGUGGUCAAGCGAUUGUUCAACGCAUCACAAGUUCAAGAGAGCAAAGUCCCAUCAUUGAGUGAUGACAUCACACCGCCAUCCUCUCCAGAGCACUAUGAGCCCUCUCACGCCAUCAGAGACACCUUCAAUCGCCACCAACAGGUUGUGGAGGAAUCGCAGCGUCUUACAGAGCUGUUAGCCAGCAGUGUAAACGAUGCGUUAGUUGAGUCUGAAAACCGAGAAGAUGAUGAGAACGAGGAUCCAGAGGACACAGAGGGCCGAGCAUCUCGGCUGUGGGUGGACAGAUUUUCACCGCGUCACUACACAGAGCUGCUCAGCGACGAUUUCACCAACCGCUGUCUGCUCAAGUGGCUGAAGCUGUGGGACACCGUAGUGUUUGGAAGAGAGAGGAAGUCCCGCCCUGCUCGAUCCGACAGACAGGCUGCCAAUCAGAACGCAUUUAAACCCAAUCAAGGAAAUCAGAAUCAAAAUCGCUUCAAGAGCAAGAUUGAGGUGACCGAGGAGCUGCUGGAGGCAGAGCUGGACCAGUACAAACGACCCAAAUUUAAGGUGGCGUUGCUAUCCGGUCCUCCAGGUUUGGGGAAGACCACCCUGGCUCAUGUCAUUGCAAAGCAUGCUGGGUACAACGUGGUUGAAAUCAAUGCCAGUGACGAUCGCAGCGCCGAGGUGUUCCAGAAACGCAUCGACACAGCGACACAGAUGAAGUCCGUUUUGGGAGCCAAUGAGAGGCCGAACUGCCUCAUUAUCGAUGAGAUUGACGGAGCACCUGCGGCCGCCAUCAACAUACUGCUGGCAGUUCUGAACAGGAAAGACGGACACGGGGGUGAGGCUGGCGCGGAGAUGGCGAAGAAGAAGAAGAAGAGGGAGUCCAUCCUACUGCGACCAAUCAUCUGCAUCUGUAACGACCUUUAUGUCCCAGCUCUCCGGCCUCUCAGGCAGCAGGCUUUCCUCCUGGCUUUCCCACAGACUCAGCCUUCCCGCCUGACACAGAGACUGGCAGAGAUCUCACUCCGCCAGGGGCUGAAGGCAGACACGGGCACCCUGAUGUCACUGUGCGAGAAGACCGACAACGACAUCCGGUCCUGCAUCAACACGCUGCAGUUCCUUCAUAGUCGUGGCGUCAAGCAGCUGGACAGCAAGACGAUUCAGAGCAUCUCUGUGGGGCAGAAGGACCAGAACAAAGGCUUGUUCCAUCUGUGGCAGGAAAUCUUCCAGUUACCACGUACAAAACGGUACGGCGAGUUCCCCGAGACAGCUCAGCAGUCUGUCACAGGGCUAACACAGAGAGAGAGAGACGACAAUUCACACCUAUGGUUCAUGGUUCACUGUGUAAUGUUGCGUUACAUCUCUUUUCCUCAGGGUCUGUAUGAUAAUUAUCUGUCCAUGCGUGUGAGGGACCCAAACCUCCAGAGCGCGUGCGAGGCGCUGGAUUGGCUGGCCUUCUCAGACAAGCUGAGCCACGUGAUUCUGCACGGGCAGAACUUCUCUCUGAUGAAAUACCUGCCCUUCCUUUCCAUCACAUUUCACUUCCUGUUUGCCCACACGAACGUGCCCCGCAUCAGCUAUCCCCACAGCCAGCACGAGGCCUCCUCCCGGCUCCUCAGCUGCAAGAACGCUCUGUCCACCAUGUUGGCCGACACCCCAGCAAGCAUCAGAGCGAGGAUCAGUCAGCUCAGCCUGACCCUCGAUAUCCUCACCUUGCUUCUCGACAUCAUCUGUCCCAAACUACGGCCCGUGAAUCCACAGCUGUUCAGCAGCAGAGAGAAGGAGCAGAUGCGUGAGCUGAUCGACACCAUGCUGGCAUACAAUCUCUCUUACAGGCAGGACCGCACUCCAGAGGGACAGUACACCUACGUGCUGGAGCCGUCACUGCUCUUGUCCACACUGUGGUUCUCUGCAUGGAGGCUUAAGAGAUUAAUCCCCUUAACACCUGGAUGCCGGCGCCUGCCGCAGUUAGAAUGGGAUAACCAGCUUGUUACCUCAGCCAUGCCGGCCCGUGUGGAGGAGCAGCGGGACGCCCAGGACGGCUCCUUUCUACAGGCUCGCUGUGACGAAGUGCUGGUCACCAACGACUGGGGCCUGCCUCUAGGUCCUAAAGCAAGCAGGAACCACCAGCAGAGGCUGGAGAACAUCGUCAAGCAGACCACAGUGGAGAGCAGGCCUGAGGUGGAUUUCUUUGGUCGAGCUGUUGCCCCUAAACCCCAGAGACCACAGCCGUCCUCAGACACAGGUGAGAAGAGAGCAGAUCUAUCUAUGGGGACAGCAGUGGGCAACAGUGACGUGUGGUUCCGGUUUAAUGAGGGCAUGUCCAACGCUGUCAGACGAAAUGUUUACAUCAGAGAUCUGCUGUAGCGCGCACACACACACACACACACACACACACACACACACACUACUGUCUCAUUCUCAGCUGUACUUGUUGUUGUUGUAUCAUAUGAAAGAAUCUUAAUCAAUGCAUGUUAAAUUCAAAACAGUCUUUAUUUGGAUUGACAGUGUAAAGAGCCAAUAAAAAGGUGCUGUUCAUCAAAACAAACCUCUAGAAAGCUACUCGGUGCUGCACACUCACACAUACGCUCGUCUCCACAGAAAGCAUUCAGAGAAAAGCGGUGAUAGCACUGAUCGUGUGUGUGAGCGAGCAUGUGAGUUAGUGCAGUGCGUCAUCCUUCAGUUUGUAUGCAUCUGUGAUUGUGUGUGUGUGUGCGUGUGCGUAU